AGUUUCCAUUAACUAUAAGUCCUUAAAGUAUAAGCACAGAUUUUUCCCAAGACGGGUCAGUAUAUACAUAUACAUUCUACAAAAUGUCAAGACCUAGAAACGAAUCCAAGUUUCGCUUGUUCAUGCAAGAGAACUCGCUUACAUUGUUCACAGUCACCGGUGUGUUCAUUGGAGGUUUAAUUGGCUUUAUCAUUAAAAAUAGCACAGGACCCUGGACAAAACGAGAAAUUAUGUAUAUAUCGUUUCCAGGAGAACUUUUCUUGCGUAUGCUAAAAUGUUUAAUUGUACCUUUAUUGGUUUCGUCCAUCACAAGUGCGAUAGGUGGUCUUGAUCUGAGCAUGUCAAGUAAAAUUGCUUCGAGGUAAGUA